CAAAACCAUAAUAUUUCUGAACUUUUACGUUUUGGGGACAAGAUGGAGAAGAAGGUAGCUUUGGUGUUGUCGUUGAUGUUGCUUAUGUCUAUGAACUCGGUGUUGGUUUCGGCUGAGGAAGCAGCACCAACGGUUGGACAGAGGGUAGACACAGCCACCAACGACGUUACCAACUUCUUCAAUGAACAUGCCGGCCCUGCCGCCGAUACGGUCUCCUCUACCGCCAAGUCGGUCUACAACUGGUUUGGUGAUAAAGCCAAGGAAUGGGGCCUCUAAACUAUAUGUUUUAUGAGCGAAGGAUUUGCGGACUUGGGAUUGGAAGCAUUUUCAUGUAUAAGAGUUUGAUAUCCGUGUACUAUUUUAUGUAAGAUUAACAUUAUAAGAAAGAUAUACAAUUUGAUCAAAAA